AUGUCGGUAUUAGAAUCUAUGGUAGAAGCGAUUAAUGAACAGAAUGUAGCGAUAAAAAAUUUCGAGUCAGAAUAUGAGGAUUAUAAAAAUAAAUUAAAAACUCUUCAAGAUUAUAAAAAUAAGUUAAUAAAUAAAAAACUUGGAUUAAAACAGGAUAUAAUUCAAGCUAAUAAACUUAUUGAAGAUGCAAAAAAUUAUUAUACCGAGGAUGAUUUGAAUCGUUUUUCUAAGAUACAUGAUUCUCUUUUACAUACUCAUCAAUGGCAACCUGUUGAAUUAAAGAAAGAUCUUGUUAUUAUGAAUUGCAAGAAUUUGGAAGUGAAAUUGAACUUUGACAUAAAUGAGAACAAAAUAUUAUCUCUGGAAUUAUCAAAUUUAAUUAGUAAUGAUAUGAACAAUGAAGAGAAGAAAUAUUGUAAUCUGUUAAUAUUAGGAUUACAAAAGAUGAUAUCAAGGAAUAUAGCAAAAUCUUCACAACAAAUCAAUGAGGUGUCAAGGAUCUUGCAAGAAAUUAAAACUUAUUGGAAUAAUGUAUGA